AGGCCUGUUCGGGCGCAUCCGCUGGCAGCCUCCGAGCCGUAGGGAAAUGGGGAACGCUUUUCCAGCACGGAGCGGCCGAAGCUGACAGGAAAGAGGGUCCAGCCAUGUAGCGCCUCCCUCCCCGCACCGCCACCUAGCCUCGGCGAGACGUGCCGCCCGCCGGGAAACUUCCUCACGAACCACGGACUGAGGUGAGUGAGGAGGAAGCUCGACGCCUUCCCGAGAGCCGACCUCUCAAGGCGACGGCCGGGAGGCGAGGAAGCGGCUUUGUGUCCUGAGAGGACGGUGGGUCUGCGUGUGAGAUGUCGGGAGUAGUGAGGAGGCUCCGGAGUCCGCCCACGAUUGGACUGCGGGGCAGUCGAGAGAAACGGGGCUUGCUGCCGUGCCGAGUCCGCGCUUCAUCGUGGAGAAGCGAAACGAAUGGCGCCCUCUGUGCGUGCGAUCCUGUGGCGGGCUUACUCGGGAGUAAGUCCCACGUUCUGUGUGGCUUACUACAGAGGAAACGGGACCAGGAAAGCGCUACCUGCCUAGCGGUUGGGGAAGAGGAGGCUGCCUCGGCCGGUGCGAGUUGUCACGUGUCCUGGGCGGGCGUGCACGAAGCUGUUCCACUGUAGAACUUGCUGCCUCAAGAUGUGGCCAUGGCCGUUACUUUGGAUGGCUUCAAAGCAAGGGAGUACAUAUAUUCAUGCGAGAUUUUCGAUACCAAACAGAAAUGUAAUUGGCAACACCAGUUUGAAGUGAAUGAAGAAAGAUUAAUACAAACUAUGAAGAUACCAAAACUGUUCUACGCUUUUGUUAUUUUUACAUGUGCUGCUAUUUAUGCUAUACAUGUAAAACGGAAGUUGGACUUAAAAUCAAAAAAUGCCGCUGAUGAUUCGGAAAACCAGCUUGAUAGUGAGACAUCAGGAACAGAUCAGGCAGUUCUUUAUGGAAUCAUAUUUGAUGCUGGAAGUACUGGGACUCGAAUUCACAUAUUCCAAUUCACACAGAAGCCAAAAGAAGUCCCUAGACUAAUCCAUGCCACAUUCAGAGCAAUAAAACCAGGACUUUCUGCUUAUGCUGAUGACGUUGAUAAGAGUGCUCAAGGAAUAAAUGACCUACUAGCAGUUGCUAAAGAAGUUGUUCCUAAGAAGUUGUGGAAGUCCACUCCUUUGGUCCUUAAAGCUACAGCUGGUUUAAGGCUGCUGCCUGAAGAAAAGGCACAGAAAUUGCUGGAUAAGGUAAAGCAAAUUUUUCAAGAAUCUCCAUUCUUUGUAAGGGACAAUUUUGUCUCCAUAAUGGAUGGAACAGAUGAAGGUAUUUCAGCAUGGAUCACUGUCAACUUUUUAAGUGGUAACUUGAAUUCUCCAAAAAAGAGAUGUGUAGGAAUGCUGGAUUUAGGAGGGGGAUCGACUCAAAUUGCAUUUCUCCCAAGCCCUGAGAACAUUCUGGAGGGCUCAUCUGACGACUUCAUCACUUCAUUUCAGUUGUUUAACACCACAUACCAAUUGUAUUCAUACAGUUAUUUAGGACUUGGAUUAAUGUCAGCAAGAUUGGAAAUUUUAGGAGGAGUUAAUGGACAAGCCUUGAAAGAAGGUGAAGUGCUAACAAGUCCUUGCUUUUCACCUGAUUUCCAAGGAGAAUGGGAACAUGCCAAGAUAAUGUACAAAAUUAAAGGGCAGAAGGCAGGAAAGCCUCUCUUUGAAGCAUGUUUUGAGGAAAUUGCAAAAAUACUUGCCAAGAAGGUUCACAGGACAGAAGAAGUAAAGGACAUAGAUUUUUAUGCUUUUUCCUACUAUUAUGAUUUGGCUGUGGAUGCUGGUUUAAUAGAUAAUGAAAAAGGAGGGACCCUAGCAGUCAGUGACUUUGAAACUGCCGCAAAGAAUGUGUGUAAAACCAUGGAGGUACAGCAAGGAGAACAUCCUUUCCUCUGCAUGGAUCUUACUUAUAUCAGUUUGCUAUUGGAAGAACUAGGCUUUCCAAAGAGCCACAUGUUUAAGCUUGCCCGAAAAAUCAACAACAUUGAAACCAGCUGGGCUCUGGGAGCGAUCCUUCACUAUAUAGAUUCAUUUCACAAUCUAUAAUAUGGACUUUUGGGAGCCUGGAAGACGUGACAUUGCAGCAUUGUCAAAUCUUAAGUGGGUGCAAACCUGAUCAGGAAACUACUCCAAGUCCUACUGCUUCUAAUAGAGUAUGAUUGUAAGAGCUCUUUUUAUGUGUGUCCAGAGCUCAGGCCACUUUCAGCAGUGAAUUCUGAUGGAUUAGAUUUGAAAGCUUAGGAAACCAUUACCCUCCAUGAGAUCACAAACUCUUUUUAAAGUAUUGCUCAAAAUCUUGUGGCUAUCGUUCUGGAAAAGAAUAGGCCAUGUCAUCUAAUAUCACGUCUUGGGCAGCAUAUCUGAGGUCAAACUGGAUACAUGUAAAAACUAUCCUGUGAUUGAGGAUGAGAAGUUCACGUUUUCCAGUUUGUCUUAUGGUCUCUAUGAGAAAAGCUCAUUAUCCUCAGACAAGCCAUUUGCCCUUGCUGCUGUUAGUAAGAAGUGCAACUUUUUGUUGCUUUUUUGUGAUGGGGGAUUUGCUUUGAUUUUUUUUAAAGUUUCAAGACUAACUUAUUGUAUCCAUCUUAAAAAAAUGCUUUGCUUGGACAAACUCUUACUACCAUAGCACAUACUGAGAAUUGUUUUUGAAAGAUGACUUUUCUGUCCUCCUAAGCCUGGCAACAUUGGUGCACUGGCUUACUUUGGAGGUGAUAAAGGUGUUUUAAAAUCCUGUUCCAUAAGCUGAAAUUAAAUGGAGUCAUUCCAAUGGG